UCACGCUGGCCUCACGCUGGCGGAGUUCAAGUGUAAACUCGAGCUGAUCGUGGGCAGCCCCGCUUCUUACAUGGAACUAGAGAUGUAUGGAGUAGACGACAAAUUCUUCGGCAAGCUGGAUCGGGAGGAUGCGCUGUUGGGCUCAUACCCUGUAGAUGACGGCUGCCGCAUCCACGUCAUCGACCACAGUGGCGCACGCCUGGGCGAAUAUGAGGACGUGUCCAGGGUAGUGAAAUAUGAUCUCUCACAAGAAGCCUACGACAAGAGGGAAAACUCUGCCCGCACCUUCCUGAAGCGCAGCAAGCUGGGCCAGUACAACGAAGAGAAGCGAGCACAGCAGGAGGCCGAGUCAUUGCAGCGCCUGGCUGAGGAGAAGGCUCAGGCUAGCACCAUCCCCGUGGGCAGCCGCUGUGAGGUGCAGGUGCUUGGGCACCCCCCAUGCCGGGGUACCGUCAUGUAUGUGGGAACCACAGAUUUCAAGCCCGGCUACUGGAUUGGCGUCCGCUAUAAUGAGCCUCUAGGGAAGCAUGAUGGCAGUGUAAAUGGAAAACGCUACUUUGAAUGCCAAGCCAAGUACGGCGCCUUUGUCAAGCCAUCAAAGGUGUCAGUUGGCGACUUCCCCGAAGAAGACUACGGGCUGGAUGAGAUGUGACAGACAAAUG